AUGAAGGCACUCAGCUAUUAUUCCUUAGUUCUCGGAGCCUACACGGCUUGCGUGGCGGCCUCACCCGUUGCCGAGCCGGGGCCCGCCAUCACCCCUGCUCCCAGCGCCGACAAGGUCAAGAGGGCCAGCAGCUGUACCUUUUCGGGCUCAUCUGGUGCUUCCCUCGCCAGCGUCAGCCAGAAGUCAUGCGCCACUAUUGUUCUGUCCUCACUUGUCGUUCCGUCUGGCACUACUCUAGACCUCUCCAGCCUUGAGGAUGAUACCACUGUGAUCUUUGAGGGAACUACUACCUGGGGCUACGCCGAGUGGGCCGGGCCACUUCUGCAGAUCGAAGGCAAAUCCAUUAACAUCCAAGGCGCAUCCGGCGCCAUCCUAGAUGGCGGCGGAUCAAAGUACUGGGACGGCGAGGGAGGUUCUGGUGGCAAGAAGAAGCCCAAAUUCUUCUACGCCCAUUCCCUUACCGACUCGACCAUCACCAACCUACACAUCCAGAACACACCAGUCCAGGCGGUCAGCAUCAGUGGUGCUGACGGUCUGACCAUCACUGGCAUGACAAUUGACGACUCUGCUGGUGAUAGCAAGGGGAAGAACACCGAUUGCUUCGACAUUGGGAGCUCUUCAAAUGUUAUCAUCACCGGUGCGAAUUGUUAUAACCAGGAUGAUUGCGUUGCUGUCAAUUCCGGAACUGGGAUCACUUUUGAAAACUCGCUCUGCUCUGGCGGACACGGUCUGUCCAUUGGCUCAGUUGGUGGCAGAACAAGCAACGUAGUUGACACAGUGACCUUUUCCAACAAUCAGGUCAAGAAUUCGGUGAAUGGGAUCCGUGUCAAGGCCACCGAGAAUGAUACUGGCUCUAUCAAAGGAGUGACCUACUCGAAGAUUACGUUGUCAAACAUCUCGAAGUACGGCAUCCUCAUUGAGCAGAACUACAACGGCGGAGACCUUGAUGGCGGUACGCCGACUUCGGGCAUUCCAAUCACGGGCCUCACCUUGAACACCAUCUCUGGAUCAGGAGCAGUCUCCAGCAGCGGAUACGAUGUUGUGGUCGUCUGCGGAUCCGGUGCUUGCUCCGGAUGGACCUGGAGCGGCGUCAACGUGACAGGCGGCAAGAAGUACAGCGGAUGCACGAAUGUGCCAAGUAAUGUAGCUUGCUCCUAA